AUGUCAUCCCAAGAGUACUACGAGGACAAUAAGUAUCCCAACCAUGGCAACCAAAGCCCUAUGCCACCAUACUCCCAAUACCCGCCGUACUCUGCGUAUCCAGGUGCCUCAAACCCGAACAUACCUCCUGGACACAGCACAGGAUAUUCGCCGCAGAAUGGAUACCAAUAUCAACCUCAGGAUUACUAUGGUGAAUACCAGCAGCAGCAGCAGCCACCACCGCCGUAUUACCAACACCAACACCAACAACCCGCAGCGCCAGUAACAGGGCAGCCUCCAUACCCGUACUCAUACCCACCACCGCAGUCAGAAUACCCUACGGAUGCCGCACCGGGAACCGAAGCUGCUAACGACCGAGGAGCCCUGGGAGCCAUAGCUGGCGGCGCGGCAGGCGCGUACGCAGGGCACCAAGUGCACCAUGGCGUUCUAGGGACCAUUGGCGGCGCAAUAACAGGUUCGCUAGCCGAAGAUGCAAUGAAGCACAAAAACCAUGAGAAGAGGGAUAAGAAGGAAAAGAAGAAGUCAAAGUGGGGAUUUCAUCGUCGUUCCUCAUCGUCAUCAUCUUCGUCUUCGUCUGAUUCUGAGAAGGAAGAUGUAAAGCCCGCACCUCCUCCAGCCCCAGUGAAUCUCCGGGGAAACUUCUCUGCUUCGUCUAUUGACAUUGCUUUCCACGGGAAUUAUGAGCUUGUGGCUUCCUGCCGUGCCAUUUCGGGGCGCAACUGUGCCUCUAGGUUGCCGUUAAAUAGUGUCCUGGAGAAUCGAUUUGGGCACUUUAGGUGGAAUCCUGAUGGAAAUUUUGGGGCUUCAGCAAGGAAUUCCCACCUUAGUGAGGGAGGGCGUGUUCUGGAGGCUGAGUUAGCAGAUGGACGUGGGGGGUGGAGGAGAGAUCAAAUAAGGCUUGACGAGAGAAUAUCUAAUCGAGACGGGGUUUUGGUAUUUCUGGAUUAG